AUGAUGCAGACGAAGAACCCCCUCAACACAACCCGCAAGGGAGAGUGUGGGUUUUUGAGACCUCGAGGUCUCAAGAAUAAAGUCUCAUGGAGCGAUUUCACUGCGCUAUACCACCGCGUCAACACUCUUCCAGCUUCUGGGUCAACCAGUUGUGCAACCUCUGAGAGUGGUGGUACAUCCAGUGUCUCGUCGCCUUCAGACACGUCAAGGUCAGACGCAUCAGUCGUGAACGUUCUGCCAGUCAAAGCCCCUGGACUUCACGUCUAUGUUCCAAUCCGCACACAGACCCUCCUCCUCACACGGAUCCAGGCUAUCAUGGAACAUGCCUGCUUUCGUUUCGCCCAAGAGGCUAUGCCAGUCAUCCUCGAAGAGACGAAGUGGUCAUGCCCAGAAGCAGGAGAGCUAAAUGCUUGGACAUACCACUUUAAGAAGCACUGGGAAGUCCUCCAACAGCUCGACCGUUGCCAAGGAAGUGGACUUGUCCUCACAUCUUUUCUCUACUCAGCCAAGCAAAUUCGCAACAUUGCUGUUCACCGACAACCCAUCACGGUGGACCACCUAUUCCUGUUGAUGACUCAUGCCAUCAACUUCUGCAUUUGCCUCGAUGUCCCAAAAGCCUUGGAUACCCUCCGGGAGAUCCGAUCUUCUGCGGAGACCCAAGUCCAAAAGCUUGAGGACUGCAAGAAGAACAUCGAACAGGGACUGGCCACAGCUAGCCAAGAGACCUCCAUGACACGCUUGGAACUCUGGGCAUGUGAGCAGCAAGAAAUGCAACAAGCUUGCGAGAAGUUCGAGAAAAAGAGAAGGGCCAUCUUCAAAAAGGUCGAAAACUUGCUCCUUUCCAAGGAGGUGGCGUGCUUUACCUUGGAAGAUGACGAAGACGAAGAUGAAGAUGACGAUGACGAAGAGUAA